AUGGAACGACCAAAGUCCGCGAAUGGACACGCAUCGCUAUUCCAGGUCUACCUGCGACUGCGACCACCGAUCAGAUAUGACGCCAAACAAGAAAGCUUUCUGUCCGUUGAGCUUCCCAGCGGUGACGAUGAAUCCGAAGCCCAAAGCUGGCCAACCCAUAUUACCGUUCAACCGCCGAGCGAUGUGAGAAAGCGGGCGGUUGAGAAAUUCGCGUUUACAAAGGUGUUCGAGGAAGCGUCAACACAGCUGGACGUUUUUCAGGGGUCUGGCAUGCCAUCUUUGAUCAAUGCUGUUCUUUUGGAGAAUAGAGAUAGCCUGGUUGCAACUCUAGGCGUUACAGGAAGCGGGAAGAGCCAUACGAUUCUAGGAUCCAAGACGCAACGGGGUAUAACGCAAAUGUCGCUUGAUAUUAUCUUUAGAUCCCUCGAUGCAACAAUACAAUUCCCAGACGACGAUGCGGACGCUCCCCUCCUCGAUGCUCUCGCGGCAUCAGACCCUUCAGAGGCCCAGAUAUAUUCCGCAGAGCACUUUCUCGAAAUGUUGUAUAAUGAUUCGAGCACAGAUCGUGGCCGAAUAUCAAGAGCGCAGACUCCAAUGUCCUCUUCCAGGGCGCAAACACCCAUGGGCCUCCACGGGCCAUCAAAUCUUCCCUCACAAUUGCCCUUCUGGAACCGGUCUAAGAUUGUGAAGAAUGUUACUAAAUCACGCCUUAAGGACUCAUUCAUAGGAUCGACAACCUCACGGCGCGCACACGUCCCUCGACCGAGCAUGUUGCCCCAAGAACCGGACACGAGCGACAUCAUAAUUCCUGUUCCUGAAACCGACGCGCACGUAGUCUUGGUAUCUAUGUACGAGGUAUACAAUGAUAGGAUUUUCGAUCUUCUCUCUCCGGCAGGCCAGUCAACCGGAGCGAGAGCCGCGAAUAACCAGAAAGACCGCCGACGACCCCUACUUUUUAAAUCAACAGAAGGGUCAACAGACCGCAAAGUAGUUGCUGGUCUACGUAAGAUCGUAUGCUCUACAUAUGAAGAAGCCCUCAUGGUCCUAGAAACGGGGCUGGUCGAACGAAGAGUUACAGGCACGGGAAGCAACAGUGUUAGUUCACGAAGCCAUGGAUUCUUCUGUGUCGAAGUGAAGAAAAGAGUCAGGGAUAGGAGGCACGGUCAUGAGACUUGGACUGGAAAUACUUUUACAAUUGUUGACCUUGCAGGAUCCGAGCGAGCAAGAAACGCCAAAACCGCAGGGGCAACUCUUGCGGAGGCGGGCAAAAUUAAUGAGAGCUUGAUGUACCUCGGGCAGUGUCUGCAAAUGCAGUCUGACCUUCAAGAUGGAAAUAAGGCACUCGUACCAUUCAGACAAUGCAAACUCACAGAGCUUCUAUUUUCCAACUCAUUCCCGUCGCCAAACAAUGCAUCGUCAAAUUCACAACUCAGAAAUACCCAGAGAGCUGUCAUGCUGGUAAUGGCUGAUCCUCUCGGCGACUUCAAUGCGACCUCUCAAAUGCUACGAUAUUCUGCUCUAGCUAGAGAGGUUACUGUUCCAAGAAUCCCAUCUGUAACAAGUACAAUCUUGUCAGCGACUACGAGUGCCAGCGGAUCGAGAAAUGCUACCGUUAGUAAGUCUCAGGCAGCUCUUGCGGAACAGCUGGAAGCUGCGGCCUUGGAAAUUGCGCAGAUAAGUGACGAAUACGAGGCAUUGGCCGUGAGAUUCUCCGAAGAAGAGGUCGAGAGAAUCGAGGGAGAAUUAAAAUUGAAAGCCGCUGAAGAGAGAUGUUUGGUUAUCGAGCAAGAGGUCCGAGAGGAAUGUUGGGCCGAGAUGGAAGAGCGUAUGGAAGAAGAAAGAAGACGUUGGCGAGCAGCAUGGGAUGAACAGUCUUCUCGAAACGAGGACCAUCUUGAUAUGAAACUUGACCUUCUUUCCCGUGGAAUCAAGAUACAUGAAGAUGUUGAACCCAACUCCUCGGGUAGAAUCAACGAGCUCGAAGCUGAGAAUGACUCGCUACGGCACAAGAUCGAGCAACUUGAGAGAGAAUUGCUUUCUAGAUCUCCAACAAAAAAGGCCAAAUCUAAGAAGAACACGAUACCCGGCCGGUUUGAUUCAAUGGAUUACAGCUUCAUCCCCACCCACGAAAGCGAUGUUGAAAAUUCACAGCCAGACAUGAGGAAGCUUAACCUGGGAUCUAGCCCACUUGCACAGGUUGGGAAGCCAAAGAAGCUAACUGCUCGGCAAUGGGAUUUGGCUCCCGAAGGUACAUUUGAUUAA